AUGACGUCAAAGCUGGAAUAUCUGCAGCGCUAUAUGUCUGGCGGUGGUGAUAACGCUGCAGACGGAGACAAGAAGAGGAAGAAAGUCAAAAAAGUCAAAAAGGUAAAAUCUGCAGCUGUGGGUACGCACGUGGUCGACGCAGACGACGCGUGGGAGCAUUCGGCGCCUAGUAGAGAAGACAUUGAUAAAAAGUGGGAACUUGACGUCGCUGAGGAUGAGCAGCCAUUGGUGGUGGCCGCGGACGGGGACGAGGUGAUGGAUGUUCACGAUCUGCCGGUUUAUGUGGAUUCGGACAAGUACUUGGAUGAGUUUCAGGGUAAGAAGAAGGAAGAAAAGAUUACAAAAGAUGAAGAUCUGUCACCACCUCGGAAAAAAAGAGGGGAAGAAGGUCGUAGGAAUGGACACGAGGACGACGAGGUAUCGCCACCGAGACGACCAAAGAAUCAGGAUGCGUCUCCGCCACGAAGGCAACCCGAUGCUGUUCAGAAGAUAUUUGAAAAACGAAGAGAAGAUAGUGACAGCAACGACAAAACGAAUGUCUUGCCACCAAAGAGGCAGGAACGACGUGAGCAGCGUCGAAAUGAACAACAGAGUGAAGACGCCUCGCCACCAAGACGACCUGCGCGUAAGGAGCGGGAUGGUGAUGCUUCACCAUCGCGUCGUGACAGGAAGAAAACUGCUUCGUCGCAGCAUGCACGAGGCGAUGUUGUUUCGCCUUCUCGUCGUCUUCCAGUUAAGCAAAAAUGUAGUGUUGAGGACAACAAGGACACAUCGCAUCCAAAGAGAUCUUAUCACAUGGAAGACGGAUCAAAACGAAAUGAACAGAGACGUCGACACUCGCCAUCUGGGUCGCCUAUUGUACCUGAUCGACAGCGUCGCGUAGAUUCUCUUGGUCGAGACAUUCGCACUCGCCAUAGUCGAAGUGAGAGGCGGUCUUCUUCUGCCUCCAAGAAAGAUGAUACCACCAACCGACAUCGCAGCAAAAUCAAUACUAGGAGCCGAAGUAAUAGUCGAGAGAAUGACCGUGACCGGGAACGAAGUGCAUAUGUUCCAACCUCGAGUCGAAGAGAGCGUCAAAGCCGUAGCCGAUCGCCUCGCACGCGUCGUUGUGACAGCCGCUUACCAUCCGGGCCACGCCGACGAUCACCGAGAAAGUCGACGAGGUGGGGCUCGCCUCGACGAGAUGACUCCACACGUGGUCGUAGUCACAGCCGCAGUCGUGCAAAACACGUCGUAGACUUUUCUUUUCGACGCUCUCGUUCACGAUCGCAUAGUCCAAAACGCAGAUCAUCGCGGCAUGAAUCAGUCGAUCUAGCGGAAUCACGGGACGAUUAUAAUGCGUAUAAAAGCUCGCGUACGGUUAUGAAGUCACCUUCGCGUAUGGCUGUGAAGUCACCUUUGCGUAACGAUCUCAAGAGUGAAAAUGCCGGCGGUUCGAAACUAAAGAAGGACCCCAACAUUGGGACACACGAUGUGAAGGAAGAGAAAAAGGCUGGCUUGUUUACUGCUGCCGAGUUUGACAGGCAACGCAAGAUUGCGGCGAAGGAAAACGACAUUAUGCGCGGCAUCGAUGCCUCUGAGAUGGGUGCGAAUGCCAAGACGGUGUAUCGUGACAAGCGUGGUCGCAAGUUGGACAUGCUUAACGAGAUGGUUCGGCAACAGGAAGUUCGAGAUGGUAAGCGCAAGCGUGAGGAACGCGAAGAGUACGAGUGGGGUACGGGUGAAGUGCAAAAGCAAGAACGCAAGUCGCAGCUGGAAUUGAUGGAGCAGAUGAAAAAUACCCCAUUUGCCCGUCAUGAAGAUGAUGAAGAGCUUGAGCGAAAGCGCCGGGGGCGGGUACGUGCAUUUGAUCCUCUUAAUAGCAAGAUUUUUCAGGAGGACCCACUGGCUGAAGGCAAGAGCAAGACAAAAAAGAAAAGCAAGAAGGACAAGAAGGCGAGCAAUGUCAAGCGAAAAUACGCGGGUCCACCUGCCCCACCCAACCGUUUCAAUAUCAUGCCAGGCUAUCGCUGGGACGGUGUUGUGCGGGGUACGAAUUGGGAGGAAAAGAUAAUGAUGCGACAGAAUGCGAGCACUGCGGUCAGCGAAGAAGCCUACAAGUACGCAGUGGCAGAUAUGUAG